UGCACCCCUACGUAAUUCAUUAUAUUGUGCAGUGACGUAGAGUCGUAUGUUCGUGAACUUUGGAGAAUAUAUAUUCCUAAAUGGUUUAUUAAGCAAAAUUAUCAAUUUUAUUUGAUUGUUACAAGUAACGCAUUAAUGUUAUCUUGAAAAAAAGAAUAGUUGAAAACAAAAUUACAUUUUUGCGAUAUAAGCGCCUUUAGCGUCAGUAAAAUUAGCACUGGAUCGCUGAUUAAACCUACCAAUUUCCUGUGGCAGUGCGAUUUGUUUGUUUUUAAUUUAUAUAUUUUUCGAGUCAAUUUCCGAUUGACUUAACAAAGAAUACCCGAGAGUACGAUAUCUUUGUCUAAUUUGCGAACUGGCAUUGCGCACCCCAAGGAGGGGAAACAAAAUCUUAUAUGACUUUUGAAAGAUACGGUGAAACACCAGCAAAAAAAACAGCACGUCUCAUUCAACAAAAACGGAGUAAAGGGUUCGAGCUGUGCAUGAAUUCAAAAGGGCGAACCAUAAGUCACCGGACUUCGAGUAACAGACAUCGGAAGUUACAGCCAUUCAGGUACACAUGAGCCUGUUGUUUUUGCCAUUUUUUAAAGACUUAAACUGGUAAAUUUACAAUAUAAAUAAAUAUA